CCUGUACACGCUGAGUCAUUCAGAACACUCCAGUUCGCUCAGCCCAACUGCUUUCUCCCUGCUUCAUCGUACUGCUGAGCAUUUUUCUUCGUCACUGCUUUCCAUCAUCUCUGCUGCAAUGCCUCAAAAGAUCCGGGAGGCCGAGGGCCUUCUACGGUCGAUUCCAAACCCAGGAGAGACAAUACUGCCUAAGGAGGGAGAGGUCAACAUCCUUAUCACAUCUGCUCUGCCAUACUGUAAUAAUGUCCCUCACCUCGGAAACAUCAUCGGAAGCACUUUGAGUGCUGAUGUCUUUGCUCGUUAUAAUCGCACGCGAAACCGGCGGACACUCUAUAUCUGCGGUACCGACGAGUAUGGGACCGCUACGGAGACGCAAGCUCUGAAGGAGGGUUUGACUCCCCGGGAGCUCUGCGACAAGUACAACGUCCUGCAUGUUGAGACAUACAAGUGGUUUGAGCUUGCCUUUGACCACUUUGGUCGAACAUCAACUCCGCUUCACACUGAGAUUUCCCAAGAGAUUUACGUCAACCUCUUGAUGAAUGGUUACCUCGAAAAGCAGACCAAGGAGCAGACUUAUUGCGAAGGCUGCCAAAAGUUUCUUGCAGAUCGCUUUGUGGAAGGAACAUGUCCUUCCUGUGGUUCUGAUGAUGCCCGAGGAGACCAAUGCGACGCUUGCAGCAAGACGCUCGAUGCGAUCGACCUUAUCAACCCGCGCUGUCUGAUCAGUAAGGACCACAAGGUCACGACGCGCUCGUCCGUGCACAUGUACAUGAAGCUCGAUGCGUUGCAAUCAGUGACGGAAAAGUGGAUUAAGAAGUCAUGGAAGGAGGGCAAGUGGUCCCCAAACGCCGUCAUCAAUGCUGAGGGCGAGCUGAUCGACGACCGGUUGCGGGCUGGUCUACAUCCGAGCCCGAUCACGAGAGAUCUGACAUGGGGAGUGCCGGUGCCGAUGGUUGAGGGGGAGGACGAUCAGGGCAUGAAGGGCAAGGUUCUUUACGUGUGGUUCGAUGCGCCGGUCGGGUACCCCAGUAUAACAGCAAAUUAUACCCCAGAGUGGAAGCAAUGGUGGUUCAACAAGUCGAACGUGCGCCUAUAUCAGUUCAUGGGCAAGGACAAUGUCUAUUUCCACACCAUCUAUUUCCCUGCCAUGCAACUAGGCGACGGGCGUCCGUGGACGACUCUGUUCCAUAUCUCAACAACAGAAUACCUGAACUAUGAAGGUGGCAAGUUCUCGAAGAGCCAUAAUCGUGGCGUCUUCGGCCCCGCUGCGAAGGAGACUGGCAUUCCACCGUCGGUCUGGAGGUACUAUUUGAUCUCCACAAGGCCGGAGACCGCUGACGCCAUGUUCUCAUGGGCGGACUGCAUUGCUGCCAAUAAUAAUGUCUUGCUGAACAACUUUGGCAACUUUGUCAACCGAACGCUCAAGUUCGUAGCAUCGCAGUAUGGCGGCGUCAUUCCCGAGAGCGGAGACGAGCCUGGACCUCUAUCGCCGAAUGGCGAUGUGGAUGCCGAGUUCAUCUCGGACAUCAACACCCUCCUCAAGGACUAUAUCGAAGCCAUGGAGAAUGUGAAGCUGCGUCUCGGCCUGCACACCAUCAUGCUCAUAUCCGCACGGGGAAACCUGUACCUGCAGUCCUCUGGGCUCCAAAAGGCUUUGAUGGUCGCGGACCCGAAGCGAUGUGCGCAGGUCGUCUCGCGCGCGGUCAACUUGAUCUACCUGCUCUCGGCGCUCGUGUACCCGUUCAUGCCGUCGACGUCUGAUUCGAUGCUCGCACAGCUCAAUGCGCCGGCGCGCACGGUGCCCGAGGUGUUCUCGACGGACAUUCUUGCGGGGCACACGAUCGGCACGCCCGAGCACCUGUUCAAGAAAAUCGACGAGAAGAUGGCAGAUGUCUUCCGCGCGAAGUUUGGCGGGAGCAGGCCUGGUGAGGCGAGCCCUCUGCCCAGCCCCGAUGCGACCCACGUCGCACCCGGUAUGUCGAAGCGCAAGGCGACCGCGGCGAAGAAGGUGGCGGACAAGACGGCGUUGGAUGAGAAGCCCAAGUCAGCGGAGGUGCUUGCAUGGGAGCAGAAGGUUGCAGAGCAGGGACAGGCCGUGAGGGAGUUGAAGGGACGGACGCCCAAGACGCCGGAGCUAGAUAAGGAGAUCGCAGCCGCAGUAGAUGUGCUGAAGAAGUUGAAAGGAGAACUUGCCGGUCUGCAGAGUGCUUCGUAGAAUGCUCAGCAA